AUGAUUUCAGGAGGCUGGGGGCCUCAGUCCCGGCCCGGGCCCCAGCUCUGCAGAGCGUCUGCCUGUGGUGGCGGUUGCUGCUGCUGCUGCUGCUGCUGCGGUGGUGGUGGUGGCGGCAGCGACUCUGGCCCCAGGCCCAGCCUGAUGCUGGGUGGAGAGAAGAAGGGAGGGGGAGAGGAGCGCGGAACGAGCCCAGCGUUGUCAGGGCUCGGGGAAGGGGCGGAGCUUCCCGCUUUGGGGAGUCAGAGCUCCCCCACACCCUCCUCCUGCAUCCUCCCUAGCCACCCCCCCCCCCACAGUCUGUCUCCCGCCCCAAUUCCCAGGGCCAUUGUUCCGCAGAAGCCGGAUGCUCUUCGGAAUGCUCAGCUCCCGCCUGGUCCUUUACUUUUCCUACAGCUCUAGGCCUUCUGCUCUUCCUUCUCUUCCUUCCCCUGCAGCCUUCUCCCCCUCCCACUGCUUCUUCUCCACCUCCUUUCCCUCUCAUCCGCCCCCAACCUCGGUCCUUUCCUUCUAGGGCUUCACUAUUCUGGCGCCUGGCCUUAGUCUGGAGGAAGGUGUGGGUGAAUGGGGGUGGCAAGCUUCAUGGUGAGGGGCUAAGGAUGGGGGGAUGGAGGGUGGGGAGCGUCUUGGGGAUGGAGAGGCUGGAAGGUCCCACCCUCUCAAUUCAGAGCUACGAGGUUUGGAGAAGAUUUAAGUUGGGACCCUUGGAGAUGACAAGAAAUGGGGAUAAACUAGGAGAAGCCUAGGACAAGGAGUCACAGAUUCUAAAAUGAAGGGUAAGAGACCACCCCCGCCCAUCCUCUCCUGGCUCCAGAGGACACUCUGCUUUCUCGCCCAUGCCCGCUUUCCUUUAAUCACACGAGGAGAGUUAACUUCAUAGCUCCAGUCUGCCGCCCUCUGGUGGUCUCUAACGCCUCCAGCCCUCCUUGGCAAUAUUUCUUUUCUCUAUCCCCCGUCCCAACUGUAAUUUGGGGAGUUUCUGUAUUCCUGAGAUGCCCCAGAUUCCCAUAAGGCCUGUAAUUCAUUUGCUCUUAGUUGUUUGAAUAAGUAAACUUUGAGCUUGAUUUUUAAGGAGGAGUUGAUAGGGUCCAACGUUUCUGAGAGAAAGGGCAGCCGCUCCUUAAAAAUCAAGCUCAAAGUUUACCUGUUCUAAGACAUCUUUCCAACCUAGCAAUCAGGUACUUACAUUUACCCAGGCCAGGACAGACCAGUGUUUUCCUCCCCGACUAAACCUCCUUCCUCUCCCCCCCCAACCACCCAAGAGAGGUAUAGGUACAUUUUUGUCUGAGACUACAAGUCCACUUAGUUUGUACGGCCUUUCAACUUCUCCUUGAGGCACUGCGGCUCCAUGCUGGCUGUAGCCACCUCCUGCAGCCCCUCCUAAGAAACACUUCAGGAAAGGCGGUUGCAUCCCUCCUCUUUCCUCCCAAGUAAUAACAUAGGUGACCAGUGAUCUGGAGAUGGACAUUUUCAACCUUGAAAGUGACUUUGUGAGUUUGAAAAGUUCAGAGCUGCUAGAUCCCUCACUUGCUGCCAGAUGUACUCUAGGAGAUGCACCCUGAAUCCAUGGCAGUACUUUGUGGAGGAGAAGAUGACUACCGACUGAAGAAUGAGCCCCAUCCCUGGCUUGGCUUCUUAGAAGAUAAUAGGCCUUGAGGGAGACAAUGCAGAGUCAAGGUUAAAGAUGAUAUACCAUUUAGCAGUUCUGAAAACUGCUUCAUAUUAUGAGAUUUUAAGUAUCAGUCUCCUAUUAGAGCAUAAUAGCAGUUAUAAUUUGCUACUA